AUGAAGCUCAACUCGGCCAUCGCUGCCGCCCUUCUGGCUGGUGGCGCCUACGCCGUCGAGGUUGUUGCCGACGAUGCUACCAAAGCUUCGUCCGCUGUUGCCGCUGAACUGCCCACCUUCACUCCCACCACCCUGAAGGCUCCUUUCCUGGAGCAGUUCACCGAUGACUGGGAGGCACGAUGGAAGCCCUCUCAUGCCAAGAAGGAUAUGAAGGGCGCCACUAACGAGGAAGAGGAGUGGGCAUACGUUGGCGAGUGGUCCGUAGAGGAGCCGUACCAAUUCAAGGGUAUGGAGGGUGAUAAGGGUCUUGUUGUCAAGAACCCCGCCGCCCACCACGCCAUCUCGGCCAAGUUCCCCAAGAAGAUUGAUAACAAGGGCAAGACCCUUGUUGUCCAAUACGAAGUCAAGCUCCAGAAGGGUCUUGAGUGUGGUGGUGCCUACCUGAAGCUUCUCCGUGACACCAAGGCUCUUCACCAGGAGGAGUUUGCCAACUCGUCUCCCUAUGUUAUCAUGUUCGGACCUGACAAGUGCGGCCACACCAACAAGGUCCACUUUAUCUUCAACCACAAGAACCCCAAGACCGGCGAGUACGAGGAGAAGCACCUGUCUGCUCCUCCCUCGGCCAGCAUUACGAAGACCACCGAGCUCUACACCUUGAUCGUCCAGCCCAACAACACAUUCACCAUCCAGAAGGGUGGCGAGAACGUCCGUGAGGGCAGCCUCCUCGAGGAGUUCACCCCAUCGGUCAACCCUGAGAAGGAGAUUGACGACGCCAAGGACACCAAGCCUGAGGACUGGGUUGAUGAGGCCCGUAUUGCCGACCCUGAGGCCACGAAGCCCGAGGACUGGGAUGAGGAUGCGCCAUACGAGAUCGUUGACGAGGAGGCCACCAUGCCCGAGGACUGGCUCGAGAGCGAGCCCCUCACUGUUCCGGACCCCGAGGCUCAGAAGCCCGAGGACUGGGAUGACGAGGAGGACGGUGACUGGAUCCCACCCACUGUUCCUAACCCCAAGUGUGCCGAUGCCUCUGGAUGUGGCCCCUGGACCAAGCCCAUGACCAAGAACCCCGCGUACAAGGGCAAGUGGACUGCGCCGUACAUUGACAACCCGGCCUACAAGGGCGUCUGGGCUCCUCGCAAGAUCAAGAACCCCGACUACUUUGAGGACAAGACCCCCGCCAACUUUGAGCCCAUGGGUGCCAUUGGUUUCGAGCUUUGGACCAUGCAAAAUGAUAUCCUGUUCGACAACAUCUACAUUGGUCACUCUGUUGAGGACGCCAAGAAGCUUGCCGACGAGACUUUCUUCAAGAAGAUCCCCGUCGAGAAGCAGGUCGAGGAGGCUGAGAAGCCUAAGAAGGAGGACAAGCCCAAGUCUCCCUCCGACUUGAAGUUCUUUGAUGACCCUGUGUUCUACGUCAAGGAGAAGCUUGACCUGUUCAUGACCAUUGCCGCCAACGACCCCAUCGAGGCUAUGAAGUUCGUUCCCGAGGUCCCGACUGCCAUUGGUGGUCUCCUGGUUACCAUUGUGGCUCUUAUCGGUCUCUUCACCAUGGGAGGCAGCGCCCCAGAGUCUGUCAAGAAGGCUGCUGUCGAUGCCAAGGAGAAGGCCAAGGAUGGCAAGGACAAGGCUGCCGAGGCUGUCGCCACGGGAGCUGAGAACGUCAAGGCUGAGCUUAACAAGCGCACCACACGAAGCCAGUCGUAA